CACUCGCUCACUCACACACUCACUCACUCACACACUCGCUCACUCACACACUCGCUCAGCAGCAGAUCUCGGGCCGUCUCAGAAUGAUGUCAUUGGUCGGUCUCUCGCUCCGUCUUCGUGCCGCUGGUUGCCAAGGAAGCACGCGGACCGUGGCAACUGUUGUCAGCGGCCACAAGACGGCCAGGUUGGUGAGGCAGCGGCUGCAGGUGGAGGUGCAGGAGAUGAGAAGGGUGUGGUCGGGGUUCCGGCCUGGGCUGCUGGUGCUGCAGGUGGGAAACAGAGACGACUCCAACCUGUACAUCAGCAGCAAGCUGAGAGCCGCAGCCGAGAUCGGAAUCGAUGCCAAACACCUGAGACUGCCGGACAGCGCCACGCAGGAACAGGUCCUGCAGAGCAUCCUGUCCGUCAACCAGGACCCGUCUGUCCACGGCCUCAUCGUGCAGCUUCCUCUAGACUCUGUGAACCCCAUGGACCCUGAACGCAUCACCAACACAGUGUCUCCAGAGAAAGAUGUGGACGGGCUGAGUUGUAUUAAUGCAGGGAAGUUGUCUCGAGGCGAUCUGAACGACUGCUUCAUCCCUUGCACCCCUAACGGCUGCAUGGAGCUCAUCAGACAGACAGUUGUGUCUGUGGCGGGGAAACAUGCCGUUGUGAUUGGUCGCAGUAAAAUCGUCGGCGCUCCGAUGCACGACCUGCUGCUGUGGAGCGACGCCACCGUCACCACCUGCCACUCAAAGACCCCCGACCUACCUGAGCAGGUGGGUCGCGCUGACAUCCUGGUGGUGGGGGCGGGCCGAGCGGAGAUGGUGAGAGGUGAUUGGCUGAAGGAGGGGGCAGUGGUCAUCGACUGUGGAAUCAACCACAUCCCAGAUGUAACGAAGGUGAGCGGUAAGCGGGUGGUGGGGGACGUCCACUUUGCCUCGGCCAAUCAGAGAGCGGGAUUCAUCACCCCUGUUCCAGGAGGGGUGGGGCCGAUGACGGUGGCCAUGCUGAUGGAGAACACGGUGCAGAGCGCUCGCCGCUUCCUCCUGAAGAGCCAGGCGGUGGAGGUGAACCAUGCAGGGUUCCAUCGUCAUGGAAACAGAAAUGGCGAAGUCAACAGGAAGUGAUGUAACAACGUGUGAAUGUUUAAUUAAACUUUGAAAUGUU